GGUGAGGUGAGGUGAUGUGAUCACAUUGUCGUGUGUGUGGGCGAAUGGGAGGGGACCGAGGGGUCAAAGAACAGACGGAGUAGCAUUCGAGCGAAAAACGACGAUGCCAGGAGUUGCAAUCGGGCAAAGGCGGACUGGAACGCGUAAGUACGCGCACUCGAAGAAGAAGGAAGACUAGCAGCUGCAUGUGAGCAAGCCUACGGUGACCCCUGGAGGACACGUGGCAGCAGUGGUGUGGUGAAAAGCAGGAUGCCAGGAAAUAUUGAAUCACGAACAGUUUUCUGAAGGGAUAUUUUUAAAUUGCUCAUACAAGUAACCAGGUACCGCAGUAAAUGAAAUUCUGGCCACAGUAAGUCCCGACUCCCGACCAAGUAACCAUAAUAGCAACCUUAGUAACCCACCGUAACUCCAGAGCAACUAAUCGUAGUAACCAUAGUAGCAUUGCCAACCAUAGUUACCCACCGUAACUCCAAAGCAAGUAAUCAUAGUAGUUACUGUAGUAACCAUUUACUACCGCGAUAACUCCAGCUACUCCUACUAGUUACUGCGAGUUAAAUCUUUGCACAAUUAUCUUGCUUCCAAGUUACGGUACUGAGUACUCGUACAAGUCAACGAUAAAUUCUUGUACGAGUACGAGCUGCCCGAAAGUUACUGUGACUCUGUGAGUUACUUUUCACUGCAUCAAGCCAAGUUGAAGUUACCACGGUAACCAACCAUCACUAACUUCCUCCUCUAGCCGUUUACUGAAACAGACACACAGAGAGAGAGAGAGAGAGAGAGCGAGCGAGCGAGCGAGAGAGAGAGAGAGAGAGAGAGAGAGAGAGAGAGAGAGAGAGAGAGAGAGAGAGAGAGANGAGAGAGAGAGAGAGAGAGAGAGAGAGAGAGAGAGAGAGAGAGAGAGAGAGAGAGAGAAGGCUGGCGAAGUUCAGUGUGGGGAAAGAGAAGUGGAGAACAGAGAUGUGUCCGUUGCAAGAGCUGGAUGAACUAGCAAUGGUGUAUGGGAAGAGGCAUGGACAUGGAGGGGACGGACAAGAUGGAUUGAGGUGGAGGCAGCGAUCGUUAUCGCUAUCAUCGACUUCAUCUUCGUUUUCGUCAUUUCCAUCAUCUCCUGAACCUACGGCGCACGAGGGAUGUUGUUCGUUAACUGAGCACAGUAGCGAGAGGGAUAUCAUUACGGAUAUCCGCAGCAGACGCCACACAUCGGUAUCCCAACCGGCGUGUAUGCCUAAGAAUGUGCCCCUCAUAUCUACCACUGGCAAAUCACAUCGGGAACGGGGCACCACUGGUCGUGCUGCAGGCAGCGGCUGCCGAUCAUCAUCUGGACACAAGCCAUUGGGAGUUCGGCACGUGUCAGCCGCUGCGCCCUGUCCCGACCGUGUUGCAAUAUCCGUCCGCCGAAGCCUGUUUGGCAGCGCCCCUGUCGCCCCCGCCUCUCUCGAGCAAGCUGUCGAACUCUCCCUUCUCUCCGCCUGCAUGUUCCCCAGCAGAGGGACAGGGGCAGGGUCUUCUUCCAUGGAGUUGUCUUGUGCGUCCCCCUCCUCCCAGGGGUCGACAUGUGGGACCACAUUCUCGCCCACAUGUCCACUCUACUCAACUGACACGUCAGACUGCACCUUCUCCUUCCCUGUGCCCUCAUCUCGUAGGCGCUCCGCCAGCUCAGCAAUGAACAAACCGAAGAGGACGCCAGAGCAAUCCUCCACCGGAUCGCUCACCUUACUCAACGACAACUGGGAAGCUACAGUCAAUGGAGUCAUCCGGAGAGGAGGAGGAGGAGGAGGAGGAGAUGCAUCCGCUCACAGCGGCGGGGAGGAGGUCAUAGCCAUGUCCUUGUCACCGUCGAGAGGACAAAAGGUAUCAGGGGAGAGGGAGUAUGUGGACAACAAGAUGGACAAGGAGGAGGAGGAGGAGGAGGAGGAGGAGGAGGAGGAGGAGGAAACCGAAUUCACCCCUUCCUUCUCCAGAUGCGUCCCGGCCGCCAGGCCGACAGUCAAAACCUCGAGAGCUCGUAGAGAUGAGGGGGGGAUUCGGGAGAUGGAGGAGAGUCAGGAGUGUGUGAGAGAGCGGAAUGUGGCAGACAGCAGCAGCAGGCCUCCUGUGAACUGCGACAGCGAGAGAGAGAGCUGUGCAACUGUGGCGGCCUCUCCUGUGAACUCUACGGACGUCCACCGGCAUCGCAAGUCCAACGGCUAUGCCCGCCGGUGGCACGAACAUGGCGACGACGACGACGCUGAGAGCUCCAUCUUGUCUGAGCCCGACAGACCGUCCUCCAUGGUGUGGAUGUAUGUUGACGGCAAUGUGUCUCCUUACAGCAAGCAGAAGAUAAGGAAGGUCGUCAGAGGAGCCAGCCUGGCGGAGCUGUACAUGGAGAAGGAGUGGCUGGACCGCGUCAGUCGGCCGGCAACGACCAGUGGAACCACGAAUGCCACGCGUCGGCAAGCAAGUGGCGACUGUGGGGGGAGGGGGGGAGGGGGGGGGGAGGGGAGCGACUGUGAGGAUGAUGCGUGCAGCAAAAUGAGGGAAGACUGCAGCGCCGGAGCUUCGUGGCAUAUCGACCUUGAGGAGGUGGAGAUGGGAGGGAUGGUGGCCAGUGGGGCAUUUGGAAUAGUGCACAGAGGGAACUAUCAGGAUCGGAAGGUGGCCGUCAAGUUCUUGUUGUUUCCGGAGGCCAGCUCACCGUCCGAUCUGCAAAAGCUGAAAGACAACUUCAGGAGAGAGGUGGAAGUAUGGCAUCGGCUGUCUCACAAGAACAUAGUUCGGGAUUGGAACGAUACAGAGAAAGAAGAUUAGCAUGGUCUGACUUAUAAAAUAUAAAAUAAAAAAUAAAUAAAUACAUCGAGAAAUG